AACAACCGCGUUUUGGGAUGUGAGCAACAAAACGACUCGUGAGUCGGGAGCAGGGCCCGCUGCGCUGCGUGGAACUGUAAUAUGAGCGAACUAUUGGAGCUGGGGACUGGCUACUGAGGGGCGAUGAUAGUACUGUGCAAAGGCAUGGCCUACUCCACCAAAUUCCUUCAUCCAAUCAAGCACUCUUUUACUUUAAUCUCGUCUCACAGCUCAUCAUUUUCUCACCUGAAGCGGUUCAAUUAUGGCAAAUUCGAUUUCGUAAAAUCAUUUCUGAAGAGCAUAGAACCCUCAGUUUGCGGACGUGCCUCCUUGUUCAAAUCCGAAGUAAAUACAACUAGAAAGUAUCUAAGAAAUAUCUAUUUUUGUGGAAGUAAGUUCAGCAGCGGAAUCAUUUUAGGUGUGUCAAUUUCAUAUGGGUCAGUUAUAGCUUAUGCUAUGGAUGCUCAGGAUGCUUUAGUGGAUGACCCUUAUGAAGACUCACUGGACCUUUCAAAGGAGGAAGAACAUCAGCACCAUCUGUGGACGUUUGCUCGGAGAUUCUGGCUUCCUGUCUUUCUCUUUCUUACCGUGCUGACAAACUUGGAUGAUCCAAUCUUGCUUCUACUCAUUAAAGUUACUUUAUUCCUCCUCAGCACAAAGCCCAAUCCCUACUCUGUUUAUAUUUUCGUUGAUCAGCUUUGUCAACAAUGUAAGCGUGAAGAACCAUCAUUGCAUAAAUCAAAGGUGGAUAGAGUGACCAUCGCAAGGUGCAGCCACGUGUCAUGUCAACUCUUCAGAGUUAAUGUUAUGAUGGGGUCUCGUAUCAAGUGACCUCAAGUAAUUUUUCUGGUACUUUUCCAAUUGAUGGAGACCUAAACAAGAAUGGGGAACUCACUCUUAAAAAUUAGCCUGUAAGGGAGAAAACCUCUGCCACUAAAGUUACCACUGGGACUAAUUAUGGCUACCUUGUGUGGGACUCCAUGAAAUUAACAGUCUCUGUUAUCACAUCUGACACAACUUUUAGCACUUCAUUAUGUUUUUAUUUUAGAAACCACUGCUGGUUUUGUCCUGAUACUUAUGAAUGCAAAUUAUAGGAUAUUUUAUGUAGGCAGCUUAUCCAGCUAACUAUAGCUUUCCACAUGGAAUAAUAGUAUUAAUUGUGCUUAUUAUGUGUCUUUGUACUGCUCUAACUCAGCCACUCAUUCCCACUUAUGCCUUUGUUGAUGUCCUUAGAGUAGCUAAUAUUUACCAAUGUGGCAAUAGGCUAUGUGUGGUUUGCUAAAGUCAAUUUGCCAAUAUAUGCAUCUGUGAUGCAUAAUUAUCAGACAAAUUGCCAGUGUUCUACCUGUUAUAUUUUUACAUUUACUGUUGCAUGAUAUCUGGAAUAUAUUCCCUCUUUGAUUUUUGUGUUGUCAUAAAAUACAAUCCUAUUUCCUAAUCUGUAUAUCGAUGUGAUUGGUUUAGUUAAUAAAUCACAUUUUGAAUGUGUAUUGUUUAUAUUGUAUAUCAAAGUAAAAUAUGAGGAUAACUUAGAUCAUACAAUCUCCUUCCUUUUUUCUUUUUCCCCCCUCUGAAUUCCACUCAUCUUAAAGUAUUUGAACGGUCUGUUUGUUAAUUUGAUGUCUGGUGAUUC